AUGGGCCACCAGUCGAACCUCUAUCCCUUCCCCACCACCGAGGCGCUCGCGCCAGCCCUGCGCGCAUAUGUGAUCCAGUCCCAGGAGGCAGGCAUCACUCGACACAACGCGUUCAAGAUCGCCGUCUCCGGCGGCUCACUACCCAAAACCUUGGCGCAGGCGCUGCUAGCACCCUCAAGCGGUCCGAACGACGAGGUCAAGUGGGACAAGUGGGAGAUAUUCUUCGCCGACGAGCGUGCCGUACCCCUCGACCAUGAGGACUCAAACUACGGCCUGCUGAAGAAGGAGCUGCUAGACAAAAUCCCUGCCGAGGCCGGAACGCCGACGGUACACACAAUCAACACGGAGGUUCUCAACGACACGCAGGAGCUAGCGGACCAGUACGAGCAGGUCCUCGUCAACUCCUUCGCCAGCCGCGACAGCGUCCGGCUUCCCAUCUUCGACCUGCUGCUAUUGGGAUGUGGCCCUGAUGGCCAUACAUGCUCACUGUUCCCCGGCCACGAGCUUCUGCGAGAGACAAACGCCUGGGUUGCGCCAAUCGAGGACAGCCCAAAGCCACCCCCGAAACGUAUCACCCUUACCCUACCCGUAGUCACCCACGCCGUGCGUGUUGCCUUUGUCGCAACGGGCGGUGGAAAGAAGGACAUCAUGAAGCAGAUCUUCGAAGAGGGCAACGGGCUGCCGUGUGCACUGGUUAACGAGGCGACAGGUGACCGGUGCAGCUGGUUUGUGGAUGAGCCUGCCGUACAGGGCGUCAGCUACCCGAAGCGAGGCUUCAAUCUGUAG